AUGCCGGGUCGUCACAGGGAAACGUACGCAGAAUAUCACGACAACACAGACUACAGACCAUCUCGGUCACCGAGUAGGUUUGAUCAAUUUGUCCACGCCGUAAACAACAGCCAGUUCCAUGAAGCUAAAGACAUUGCCAAAUCCGCAGUGACGCGUCACGGAACCGGUCGAGAAGUAGAGCCUUACGCCUAUGACUACUACGACUACCAUGAACGACCGACCCGACGCCAUCAUGACGACUAUACCUACGGCUCGGGUCAUAGACACUCAGACUACUAUGAUCGAGAGUACCCCAGCCGCAGAGGUCGAUCGCUACACAGUGACGACAGACACUACAGCAGGAGAGCAGACGACACGCGCCACCAUCGACAGGUCCGCGCUCGAUCUCACAGCGAAAAUCGCAUCAAGGAGGCUGCAACGGCGGCAAUUGCAGCUGGUCUCACUGAGGCUGUGAGGUCGCGACACAGUCGUGAUCAGUCGAGACGUGCGAUUACGGCGGCGGUCGGUGCCGCAGCUGUGGAUGCGUUUGUGAGUAAUGGGGAGGAUAGGAAGAAGGGACGACAUAUUGCGGAGAGUGCUUUAUGA